AUUUUUAUCUCAUCGUCUUCUCGUUCUGUGGUCUUCUCUCAGCAAUCUCCAUUCUCCAAUUUGAAAUCAGUCUUUUGUGCAAUUUGUUAAUUAUUAUGGUGUAGUUAAUCUUAAAAAUACCCACUGUAAGAUAUCGAACUGGUGUAUGAUGGAUGGAACGCCAAACGGGACACCAAAUCCGAUAAAGCGACGGAGAUUGUCGCGACGAUCGUCCAGAAGGGAACCUGGAACCAGUGACGAAGAUCCACCUACCGCUGCAUUAAGUUGUUACAAUAAUUUAGUUUCUGUACCGACUCCCCUAUCGCCAAGAGUAGUGACCUUGGGAAACCUCGAUUCUAGGAUGGAACGAGUUAUUGGUGAAGUCCAAGUUGACGCCGUUCCCAUUUCAGGCCCACCUUUGCAACAACCAUCAUCGUCCUCAUCUGUGCAAGAAAGAAGGGUGCAAACAUUCCCAAUUGCAGGGCCGUCUUCAUCAUCGUCGCAAAGGAGCGUCCAGUGGAUUGUUGAGGAGGAACAACGUGCACCGGAAAUUGAAAUUCCUGUUCCUGUUGUUGGAGCAUUAGCAGUUCCUGGUCUAAAUGCGUUGGAACUGUUGAACGCUCCUAUUGUUGAAGCGUUAGAACGUCCCGUUGUUGAAAUGUUAGCAGGUCCUGUUGAUGUGCCUGUUCCCCUGCAUCAAGAACUUCUACUUGUCGAGGUUCCAAUGGAUAUGAGUAGUGCGAGAGAACGGCGUCAACUCCCGCAGGAUUUACGCCAGCCACAACCAUUGGUGUUAUUCCCACAGCAAAAAAAUCUACAGUUAACUAAUGGGAGACCUGAUGAACAAGGAUGGCAGGAAUCACGACGCUUGUUGAAUGAUCGGGCCGAAUAUCUGCUAAAUAAUAAAAGGAUGAGUGACAUCCGGUUCGUUGUUGGUGAAGGAAAAGUUGACAUGUAUGGUCAUAAGACGAUUCUCGCAAUGGGAUCUCCAGUGUUUGAAGCACAAUUUUUUGGAAUGUUCAAAUCGACCGAUGAAGUUAUCGAGUUGCCGGAUUUUGAACCGGAUAUUUUUCUACUGUUUUUGAAGUACCUCUAUACCGACACACUUGAUGAACCAAUAGACGAUCAGAAAAUUUUGAAUUUGCUCCGACCUGCAAAGAAGUACAUUGUCCCACAUUUGAUUGAAAAAUGCAGUGAUAUUCUUAUGAGCGAACUCAAACCUGAAAACAUAUUCCAAGUGCACAACUACGCCGAUUUUUUCGAUCUGCCAAAAUUAGGAGGUGCAUGCUUGCGAUUUAUUGAUAGAGAGUGUGAAGCCAUAGUUCAAACGGAGGAGUUUACUUUGUUAAGUGCCGAGAUCCUCACUUCAUUUUUGAUUCGGGAUGGAUUAAAUAUGACGGAACUUGAAAUAUUCAAAGCAGUGUUGAGAUGGGCGGAAUUAGAGUGUGAGAGAAAUAAUAUUGAACCAACAGAUAGCAACCUUCGGGGAGCAAUUGGUGAAAACCUAUUUCUCGUCCGUUUUCCAACGAUGACGCCUGAAGAAUUUGCAACCGAAGUAGCACCAAGGAAUAUCCUUACUGCAGAGGAAUCUAGAUCAAUUUUCAUUUUUAUGUGCGCUGGUUAUCACAAUAAAAUGAAUCCAGCUUUUAUUCCACGGUUCCCCAUCAAGAAGCGUGGCUUUUACCCGCAGCAGUACUUGGUCAGUCGAUUCAGUGGAGAACCCGUUGCCCACAGUUUGAAUUAUAGGAGUGGAGAGAUCUACACUUAUCGAUUCAACAUAAAAUCAGAUCGACAAAUCUUUCUGAAAGGGGUCAACAUUUUCAGCAUAAAGUGUGGCGUGAAUGCGCAAUAUGGAGAUCAGCGACGAUUCAACGGGGCUGUGUAUCUAUACGAAUGUGAUGCGGCUGUCGGUGACCGGGACCUUGCCACCGGAGAGAAAGCACGGAAGCAGUUUACUCGGGAUGGAUCACUCGAGUCAGAGUUUGAAACAACUUCUGGAAGCCGAUUCUUUCCCGUCUUGUUUGACAACGAGGUCCGCAUCCCACCCAAUCAGAUGAUCACUGUUUGUGCUGUUGUUUCUGUAAGAGUUGCCAGCUCGAAUUAUCAGCAACAACCGCUGAACACAUUUAUGGGGACUGAUGAGCAAACGGAAGUGAGCGUUCGGUGUGCGGAAAAUCUCGAAGUCAAUUUUACAUUCAGCAAUUGUAACGGUGAAACCAGCGUCGGAAAAUACACGCAAAGUCAAAUUCCUGAAAUCAUUUUCUCCCUGUGAGGAUCCAGUCGUCUUCAAUAUUUUUUUCUUUUCCAGUCGAUACAAUCAAUGAGUCUUGCUACAUACAUACCUUUUAAUCAAGAAAUAUCGAGGAAUAUAUGUAAGUGGAACGAUACGAAUCUAUUUAGGAAUAACCAUAAAAAUGUAUUUUUUGUAUUUGUUGUAUCAUUUUGUUAUUAAUUAUACUUACGAACAUGGGGACGUAUGUAACUGAAGGUGAAUAUGUCGUUUUAAUCAAUGUUACGAAAAAUGCAGAAUAUAUGUAUGAUUAAAUUAUCAAA